AUGGGAGGCUCCACCUCCUCCCUGGUCGAGGAGGCUGAAGGUGAUGCCCCGCGGGGUGCAGCUCUGCCCCCCUCCCCCACCAUGGGAUGCCUGAGGAGUAGCCAGAGCAUCUCCCUUCCAAGGCAGCUUCCCAGACCGGGCAGACACAGAGAGCGCAGGUAGGGGAGGGUUUACUUGUGAGAAUGGAGGUGGAGAGAAAUGUGUAGAUAACGGUAUUCAAAUUGUGGUUGUGUAUACUUUGAUAACUAGCAAACAACAAAAACAAACGUACUUUGCAAGAAGGAAAAAGUGCAAAGCAGCUUCAAGAUUGUACCAGUCUUAUUCUGGUCUCUUGUCAUCACCCCAGCCACUCGAUCACAGUAAAUUUUCCUUGACUCACACUUAAACAUAACCCAACUUCUCGCAGAGCUUUUGGAGGGAGCAGGCAGAAAAAGUUUAGGCAAAGUUUUAGUAGAAUUUCAUCCGUUAAGGUUAAAAAAUGCAGCUUACCCUGAAACUUUCAGGUAGACUGGCAACAGAGCCAAAGUAGCACACAUUGUAAUAGAUCAAUUCUUCAAUCAGUCACUUUGAUUGUGAAAUAAAAGGCUGAUAUACAUAGGUGAUAGGUGCCCUGAUAUUUGGUGAAGGCUGAUAAUUGAUCUACCCCUACUAAGAAGUAGGGUCAUUUUCUACUUGACUUCAAUACAAGCAGAGUUAUUUUUGUCUCCAGUGGAGUCAAAAGUACUGGCUUUAAGAGACAGGGAAGGUUUAGAGGCACUUCUUUGUUUGCUUAACUUUUCAGACUCAAAGACCGCCUCCUCUUCCCACUGUCAACACUUUUAUGCCUUAAAAUUGAUCCAAAUAAGCUGUUACACACAUUUCUCGGGGGGAGAGUUUCCUGAUUUGCCUUGUGGUGCUUGGCAUCUUAGUUUUUCUGUCUGUUUUUGAAUAAAAGUCCACGAUUAUGCUGAUUUAUUUCAGUUCUUACACAACCCAUCGCUCCUCAAAAGUGAUGGCAGGAUGGAGCAGUUGUUUAAUUGAUAUUCUACACUUCCCAGACUCGACUUUGUGGUCAUGAAUUUUUCAUGAAUUGGUCGAUAUAAAGUAAACCACAGGCUCCUCGGUUUAGUUCAAAUCUCCACUGGAGAAUUAUUACCGUAUCUCUGUCUAAUGUGGAGCGUUUAUUCUGUCCAGUGUGUGACUCCUCUGCUGCCACGCUGUCCCAAACUCCACCAGAGUCAAGUUACUCUCUGACAGGAAGUGUAAUGCUACCAGGGAAACCCCUGAUCACUGAGCUUUAGACGACAGACUGGAAACUCACCAGAGGGAUUUUGGGUCCACAGUUGACUUUAUAUUUUGUUUGAAGCUCAAAGAUCAAAAUGAACCUGCAGGGACAUCCAAAGGAAGGCGCCACUGAAGUAUGUUAUCAGUGAAAUGUGAUAUCAAAAAUCCAGUCAAGAAGAGUCGGAUAUCACGGGCUUUGAACUCUGGUGGAGGGAACUCUCCAAAUAUAACUGAAGAGUUUCCUGCAAUAUUUGGGGUUUGAGAGCUGUUUUUUUAGAUGAACCAAAACUGUCCAGGUGAACCUGCUACAACAUGAACAGCAGAAUGUUUAAUCUGUGAUUUUCCUGAAGAAAGAAUUAAAAAGAAAAACAUCAUGACAAAUUCAGAAAUAAUGCCAUCAAUGUUUCAUGUUGAAGGUCUUGUUUAUGGGGAGAAUAUCGCUGUCCGUGGUGCUGAAGUAGCAGCCAGAUUUAUCUGUGCUUUUUUGCCUAGCUCCUGGCCUUCACUCAGUUCUGCAUUGGAUCCUCAUUACUCUUUAUGCUAAACUGCAGGAGUAACAGCUCAAUAGAUCAAUGUUAUGCAAAUAUUUUGCAGAACGACCAAGGUGAAACUAUAUGGAGCAACAUUUAGAUAUUGAAGAGCAGAUUCAGUAAGAGAGACUCUCUCAGUAUGUGGUAUUUUCACAACAUUUCUUCAAUACUUUGAUCAGUCAGAAGAGUCUGUGCUGCCUAAAGCACAUCCUUAGUCAUAUACCAGGGUAUUUCAGCUUGGGAUGUUCAUUAGUGGCUAACUUCCUGGUUGUUUACACAAAAUCGAACUAUGACAAGCUCAAUGAUAAGAAAAAACUUGGACUGGGCAAUAUUUACUUGAGACAGUUAAACUUGGGAGUACAGCGUCAUAAAGUGGAUGCUAUCAAAUUGUGUGGAAGCCCCAGCCCCCUGACCUCCUUACAGGUCAACAUCCACACAACUGUGCUGAUUUGUCUGUGCUCCUGCUGAGUGGAUAUACUCCAUUUUAACCAGCCACAGCCUACAUACAACUUAAGGUCCAUGUCCUUGAUCAAAAUAUUGGGAAACUAUGCUGUGUUACAAGAUGCCAUCUGUCAUCUGUGCUUGUUUACAUCCAGCUAGUGCAUUAACAGUAUCUAAGUAGUCAUGUUAUUUUAAUGCAUCGCCUCAAGACCUGGAUUGGUGUCAAGGGUACUGCACUUAUUUGAUUUUCUUCUCAUCUUUUAGACAGUUACCGUGGGUAACCACUCCUCCUCCACCUGUUGUAAUACCUGUGGUGUACCGCAGGGUUCUAUUUUAGGUCCGCUUUUAUUCUUUAUAAUUUGUCUUUCCACUGCUAUGCGGAUGACACACAGAUAUACCUAUCACUGAGAUCUGGUGACCCAAAAUGCCUAGCUGCUGUUUUUAAGCGUCUAGGAUUUUAAAAGUUGAAAGGCCCAAAGUUUCCUGCAGUUAAAUGAAUCAAAGUCAGAAAUUAUACUCUUAAAUCACUCAAAACCCAAAUUUCCCCCCUGAUAAACGGCACCCUUGGUCCACACUCUGCCAAUGUCACACCAUCUGCUAGAAAUUAAGGCGUAAUUUUCGACUCCAACCUCACCUUUGAACAACACCUCAAGAAAACAGUCUCGUCAUGAUUCCUUCAGACCAGGUCCAUCUCUAAAAUUAAAUCCAUUCUUCCUGCUGAUUUAGAAAAGGUCAUCCAUGCCUUCAUCUUCUCCAGGUUAGAUUACUGUCACUCCCUCCUCUGCGGUUUCUCUCACAAAUCACUCUCUCACCUCCAACUGGUCUAGAACACAGCAGCUAGGCUUUUAAUUGGUUUUAACAAACAGCAUCACAUCACUCCUGUCCUUGCUUCUCUCCACUGGCCUCCUCUCCAUUUUCAAAUUGAUUUUAAGACUUUAAUAAACACUUUUAAAGCCCUUACAGGUCUGGCCACAACCUACAUAUCUAAACUAUUGACUCCUUAUGAGCCAGCAGCCUCAGAUCCUCGGGUGGGGGCCUCCUGGCUGUUCCAAAGUCGAGGCUCAAGACUAAAGGUGAUUAAGCCUUUUCUGUCAGUGCUCCUCGACUUUGGAACGCCCUGCCUGAGGAGAUAAGACGUGCUGAAUCAGUGACAUCCUUUUAAUCACAUCUUUAAACUCACUAUUUUACACUUGUGUUGACAUGAUGCUUUCCUCUUUUAUCCAUCCUCUAUCUACCUCCUUCUUUUCCAUCCUCCUGAUGUGAUGUCGUCCACUAUCAACUGUCAACAAUUUAUCAAUGUUUCUACAAGUCUAUCAUCUAUCCAGCUCACCAGUUUACCUUUUCUUUCCUUUCAUUGCUUUAUUUUACAGGAACUUCAGUGCCUUUUCGCCUGACUCUUUUGGUCUUUGUUUGACCUGAUUGUUGAUUGAUUGUCCUGAUAGUUUUACCUUUUUCUGCCUUUGUUUUGUCUGUUAAAGCACUUUGUAAACAUCUGUUUUAACAUCUGUUUUAAAGGUGUCAUAUAAAUAAAGUUAUUAUUAAUAGUAGUAGUAGUAACCAUAAACAGGAGCUACAGCCUCAGUUAAAGGUGGGUGGCACUAUAGGUUAGUCACAACAUCGUACCUGGAUUUCUAAGCCUACAAUACUGGAUAGUAACUGUUUCAGAUUUCAUAUACUAUCAUUGAGGAUAGAAAAAUUUGUUCAUACCAAUUAGGGGAGUGUUAACAUUGCUCAAUAGCAGCCACACUGAUGAGGCUGCCUGCAGUGUCUGCAGACAGUAUUUUCUAUUUUUUUAUUGGUAAGUGUCGGUACUGCUGCUGAUUACUUCAAAAUACCAAUAACUAGAACAAAAAUCUCUACUUUAUAUAAUCAAAACAGGUGAGAUACAUAAAAAUUCAACAUCUGAACAGUUUAAUGAGUAGAAAAAGAAGUUAUAAAGGCCAAAUUUAUCUUUAAUUCAAUGCUGUAAACUCAUUCAGUUUUGUGCAAAAUCUGGCUUUUUACUACGAAAUUCAGUAGGGAUUAACCAUAGACUGUAUAUAAAAUGGACUAAAGUAACUAUAGAAUGUAGUUACUGUAAGACUGGUUUGUGCUCAAGUCUUCUUUUUUUUGUACAGCUCCAUUUUUAAAAGUUAUUAGAGGGUUUGUGUUUUCUAUGAUUGACACUUGAUACAGCCUAUGGGCAUACGAAGAUUGCGCAGCUCACCCAGGGGAUACGCUGUUCCAGCUGAGCGUCAUCACAGUGACUCCCGGCGACUAUCCCGUUGAAUACGUACAACGCUACUGCGCAAGUGAUGAAGUGCGUACAACGCUACUGCGAAAUGUUGGUUUCAGGAACUGGAGAAAAUUUGUGGAAAUACAGAGAGCUUUUUGGCUUCAAAGCUGUAAACUGGCGGAAGGCGGAACCAAGUUUUCCAUAGUACAUACGGUCUAUGGGAUGAACUUGCUUUCGGAACCAGCCUCCAGUGGCCACUCAAGGAACUGCAGUUCUGACACUUUUACAUUAGCUUCAUUUUUCAACACCAGAGGUUGUCACUGGGGUAGGACCCGAAUGCAAAUCACACAGCGGGAGGAAUGGAAAAGAUGGAAGAAUACAAGGGCCUGUGGUGAAUGGAUUAAGCUUUGGAAUGAUGAGACAACAGACGAAGAAAACUUAUUUGAUGCGCAGGACCAGAAGGAAAAACAGCAGAGGCGUAUUUCUGCUUCAUUAGUUUCCACCUCAGGAUAGAAGUUGUUGUUGAGCUCUUGUUGGGACAGUUUGCUCUGCAGUAACCCCUCCAGGUUGUGCUCUGCUGGAAGCUCCAGGCUGGGUGCCAAAGCUACUUAGAGAAUGUGGGACAGUCUCAGCACAGAUGUCCCACUGGCUCCCGGAGUCUGAAUUUCUCCCUGGAUGCCAGCACAUAGAUAAUCUAGGACUGUCUUACAGCAUGAGCACAAUGAACAACAUGAAUAUUGGAGCAAUUACCACGUCUGGAAACCCUUUAUAGAGUCUGGGAAAUAGCCGAACCUCACAAACACUGUGAAGUAGUCUGGCUGAAAGGGCUGGAAAAAUUAACACCCAGGGAAGGGACCAAAUCAUCAGUUUAAUCUGUAAGUUUCUAUGGGACCAGCUGAAGAAUGAUCUAUGUUGGCGCAGCCUCUUUUUUCAUUUACAUAUUCAUGCAUUUUAAUUUUCUCCUCUCAGCCACCGCAGGGUAUAGAACAAUGCAAGAGCUGCAAAUGCACCAUUUAUAUUUUGCUUUUUCCCACAUUUCUCAGCCCUCCCCCUCUUGCACUUAAAGCCACAUAAAACCGGCCGAUGACAGUUCUAAUAUAGUUUUCACUCUGCAGCCUCGCUGAAUUAUGUUGAUUAAAUUCUGAAAAUUAUGUUGUCAUGGCAUUUGAUCAGUCCGUCUGGAAAAAAGAAAGCAAAAGAGUUUGUCUUAAAAGUUUAUUUUUAAAGUGUUAUUUAGAUAAGUUACGCACUUGUAAAAUGCGGACCCCUCUUUUACAUUUUACAAGGUCUGAGUUACUAAUAAGUACAAAAAAAGUUGCUUCAGCUGAACUGCUUCACCUGGCUGCUGUUUAAUGAGCUUUAUUGCUGCAGUUUAAUCCUUGGAGACAGAGGUGCCGGAUAAAAGUACAUUCAAGAAAAGUGGUUUUAUUCUCUGAGAAACCCAGACUGUUUUUUUGGAGUGUUUGACAACAUUAGAGAAAGGAUCCUCACAGUGAUAGUUUUUUAUUUGCUGAAGAAUAGAGCACUGAUUUGGAAUCAGAAACAGCUGUAACGUUGCUCUUUUUACAGACUCCUGGCACCAUUCACAAAAACAAUCAUUUCACUUGGCAGAGCACAGGUUGUUGGUCUAAUUCUGCCUCAGUUACUUAGUUUAUUCGUGCAGGAUUAAAAGAUUUACUUCUUGUUUCUGCAUUCUUUCUGUGUUAAGUGGUGGGGGGGGCGCCGAAUGUGCUGAUGUUGUCACGCUGCGGAGGAGUGCGCUAUAAACCACCCAGGCACAUUUAGAUGAUUAAAAAAGUUUCCAUGAAUAGAAAAUAAAUACAACCAUUACAAAAAUGAGUAGAGGAAUACUUUUAAUUUCACCUUUAAUUUGAACUUAGAUGAACACUCAUAUUCUAUGUUUGUAGGAUUUAUUGUAAAUAUCAAGGUAGGCCCUGACACAGAUUGUCCUAUUUUCUUGGCAAACAUUGUCUUCAUAAAAUUUUCACAUAAAGAUCCUGUAAGUAAUUUUUGACAUCCAUGAAAUACACCGGAAAUCAUCUGAUGGCUUUUUAUGACAUACAAAGAUAAACAAGACUAUCAGCGGCCAGACUGACAAACUUUAUACUGACAUUUUUAAUGCUUGAAACAUGCAAGGGUGUAGUCCCCAUAUAUGGUCGUUAAAGCUCCACCCCCUCAAAAAGCGUAGAACAAAAAGUGAAGAAAAACCAACCAGUCUAAGAAAUGAAGUUGAUGUGGAAGUGCCAAAAACUGCAGCGUCACCUCCUGCUUCCAAAUGGACCACACCACCUUUUGGGUAAAAACAGUCCUUCUAAAUAAAGAGUGGUGAGUGUGAAUUCCAGGGUCUUUGACAACUUAGUGGUUUAAAACAAGAAAACAAGAUAACUUUAUGGUGAUUCAGAGCCAGAGUCUAAUGGCCAUUAUUCAUGACUUUUUUAUUGGUCAUAACACAACAGAUGAAAAAAGUUAAAAAUUAAAGAUUUUCUGUGAGUGUCUUCUCAGUGUCCCUUCAUCAAACUGAAUCAAUGUCAAUCAUUCAUGUGUGUGAUCAUAGACUGUAUAUACUAUGGACAACUUGGUUCCGGAUUUGAAGCCGAAAAGCUCUAGGUUAUUCCACGUUUUUCUCCACUUCCUGAAACCAACAUUGAGCAGUAGCAUUGUACACGCUUCACCACUUGCCCAGUUGCGUUGUAUGCAUUCGGUGGGAGAGUCGCCGAAAGUCACUGUGAUGACACGCAGCUCAAACAGCGUAUCCCCUGGGUGAGCUGCGCAAUCUUCAUACGCCGAUAGGCUGUAUCAAAUGUCAAUCAUAGAAAACAUGAACCCCCUAAUAACUUUUAAAAAUGGAGCUGUACAGAAAAAAGAGGACUUGAGCACAAACCAGUCUUACAAUGACUACAUGUCAACAUCGCAAGCAGGGGGGAGAAAAUUUUAUAUUUUGUGUAAUAAAUUCCUAAAGUUUGUCCACAGCUCCAUAAGGAUUGCUGGAAAAGGUGGGUUAUAUGACCUAUACUGCAGCCUGUCACCAGAGGUUGCUGUUCUUGGGGUGGCUUCACCCAGCGAGGAGGCAGACGGCGUCCAUUCUAUAUACAGUCUAUGUGUGUGAUACUGAAGUCGAGUCAUCACUUUCAAAUCCUCUUUCUUUGUUAGAAUGUCUCUCAGUAAAUUACAGGGCUGUGAUGUUGUGGUAAAAUAAGUUUAGCUUAAAGUGUCGUGCACAGCGCUCGUUCACAGCAGGAACUGUAAGCUGCAUAUAUCAGAUCACCAAGAAAAUGAGUGUUCAAACAGGUUGUAAUUACGCUGUGAAAUAAACAUCAGAAGGAUAUCAUCAUUCAUCAUAUGAUAUAAAAUAUUAUAUAAAAAAUCUAAACUGUAGUCUUGAACUGUCUCUCCAGUUUCUCCUCUGGUUCGAUGCCUCUGCAAAGGAGCCAGUGGGCGUGUGGUUGCUGUACCUUCCUCAAUGCAGCCGGCGCCCCCCGCUGCUCCAUCUGUGAAGCCCCCCGGCAGAGACCGGACACACGCUGGAUGUGGCAGGCGAGCAGCAAGGAGGACGAUUGCUGGUCCUGCCCAGAUUGCACACUCUCAAACCCUGCUGGUACUCUAGCCUGCUCUCUGUGCGGCUACAGCGGACCCCUCAAACAAUGCCGUGGAUCAUCUGAAGACCCGCCCCCCACUCGGCCUCAGCGUUCCAGUAGCUGCUCUGGCCCCCUGAGACCCCAGACUUCUGAUGAUGUGGAAAAAAACAGCCUUAUGUGGGACUGUCGGAGGUGCACUUUGCAGAACACCCCGACCUCCAUGUCCUGUUCGGCAUGUGGAGGACCACGCAAACUGUCCCUCCCCCAAAUCCCUGCUGACUCUUUACUCAUACCUGAAGUCUGCGAUAAAACCGGAGUGAAACAAGCAGAACCUGCAGCGGGGGCGCUCUCACUCUCCAUCUCCACUGGAGGAGAGUGUUUACCUGUGGAGGCGUCAGACUCUUCCUCUUCUGGACAUAAUAAUCCUGUUCCCUGCAGCCGCAGAGAGGUACCUCCCUCUGAGGUCAGCCUCACUAACUUAAGCCCGUCUACGUCAUCUUUAGCUGUAUCCCACCUCUCUGCCCCGUCAGAGCUGCAGCCCGGCAGGCGGCUCAGCGUCCUGACAGAGGAGAUGUCACCUGCGUCAGACACCUCUGCAUCAUUCCCACCAUGUGCAACUCCCGAUAUCAACAGGACAGAGGAGUGGGCUUGUCCAGCAUGCACUCUCAUUAACAAGAUGAAAGCCAAACACUGCCUGGCCUGCCACACUCCACAGCAGCUCAGACCGGCCCCGUCCUCAAAGAGGAAGGAGAGCAUGCUGGUGGAGGAGCUGCGGCAGAGUGAUGAAGGAGAGGCCAAGGAGCUGUGGGAGAACAUCGUCAGCUUCUGCAGAGAGGUUAGCACACAACUCGGAUUUAUUAAACAACACAUUUAUUAGAUGAAAGCAUACAGAUGCUGAGAAAAACACACAUCCAGGUAAGUUUUCUACUGUUCCAGAUAAAUAAAUAACUAUCAUCCUUCUGGUUUGAUUCAUGCCCUCAAAUGUUUACUUGUUUCUGUGUUUGUAUGUUUUUUUCCAGAACUCUGUGACGUUUGUGGACGACAGCUUCCCUCCUGGUCCAAAAUCUGUUGGCUUCCCAGCAGAAGACAGUGUCCAACAUCGGGUCAAAAAGUGGCUCCGACCUCACGAAAUCAACUGCUGCAACCCGAGAGACCGUGGACUCAAGUGGUCUGUGUUUCGCACGCUUCGCCCAUCUGAUAUCCUGCAGGGACUUCUGGGAAACUGCUGGUGAGACAACCCAACCCUUACAUACUACAAGUAGUCUUGUUUGUAGUACUUGUAUGAUCAAAAACUCCUUCUCUUCCUCCUGCAUACGUGGAAUACCGAAUCCUGAGGCAGGAAAACAGAACAGAUCAAACAUAAAUUACAAUAUAUGUUCAGCGGGCUGAAGUAAAUAAAAUAAACCAAUUCUGCCAAGAACAUAGAAGGUAUCAACUGAGCUGUAAGAUGAGACGGUUUCAUGAUGGGCUGAUGGGCUCUCUGAGCUGAACUUCAUGGCCUGCCUGAAAAAGCACAAUGACCAAUUUAAUAUAUUUAUAUUUUAUUUAUAUAUAUAUAUUUCAAAGUAUACAUCCAAUAUUAUAUCAUAUUUUCCAGUUUUAGGAAUUAAAAAAAUUCAUUGAACAUUAACAAGUACCCUACCCUCCCUUAAAAUGUAAAGAAUAUAACAACAAGUGCUGUUAGUGAACAUAAUAGUAAUAAUGGCAAUAUUAGUAAUAACAACUAUAAAGGUGAUUUAAAAUGAUAAAUAUACUAAAUCAAAUCUUUCACUUACUCUAUGAAACACAGAUUUAGGACUUUAAGUCUUGGUGAAGUUCUCCGUUCGACCUCUAAUGCUGCACUUCACUAUCUCUUAAAGAAGGACAUUAGGUCUUUCAGCCAGAUAUUGACAGAUGGAAUGAAGUCAAAUUACGUCUGCAGGUCAACAGAGAGGAAAAAGCAAUAAUGUUUCUCUCUCCUACAGAAAAACUAGCAUUGUCUCCAAAGACUGAGAGUGAAUGAUUAGUUUUUAUAAAAGUACAACAAAAAGUGAUGUUAUCACCGCACUGAAGUCUUGAGAUAAUUUCUUUCCCGUGAACUAAACCCCGGAUGUCAAAAAAAAAUGAUGACUUUGAAAAAAUGAAAUCUCCUCCUGUCUGGCUGUUUCUGGGAGCAGGUUCCUGAGUGCCUUGGCAGUUCUGGCUGAACGUCCAGAGUUGGUGGAGAAAGUGAUGGUGACUCGCUGGCUGUGUGCUGAAGGAGCGUAUCAGGUGCGUCUGUGUAAAGACGGCUCGUGGACCACGGUGCUGGUGGACGACAUGCUGCCCUGUGACGAGAACAGACACCUCCUCUUUUCUCAGGUCAAACACUCGACUGCUAACAAUCACUUUUGAAGACACUAAAAACAUGUUACUACUGUGAAGCUAAAAAACUGCUCUGACAGAGUCGAGUUGGUGAUCUACGGAAGCCAUGAGACUUCGACAAAGACGGUCAAAAUGUUUCUGAAAGGCUGCUGGUGGAGCUUGUUGACAGGCUAAUAAAGUUCAGCCAGUUUCUUUUUAGUUAGAAAACUAGUAUUAACGCUGUGGCUAAAAUCAGCCACUAGGGGCAUAAUUUAGCCACUAACCUCCAUGUAACUUUUUUUUUUACUGCAACAAAUGGGAUGAUUUUUUGUGCAGAUGCCUAUAUUGAUGGACACUUUGAGAAUAUGACUUUUAAAUUUUCACCAGGUCAAAAAUACGCGCUGGGCAAAUUUUCAUCCAUUGUUAGCGCUCAGUGGCCAAAAACAGCCACUAACUUUGACUGCUGUAAAAACAAAUUGGGUUAAUAUUUUUUUCCAAUUUUUUUCUUAUAUCUCAAAACUAGUAAAUGUUUAAUCUAAAAACAUUUUUUAACCCUUUGAGGGUCCAUUCAAAACAUAAUGUCACUGAUAUGGUAGAAAAUAAAUCUAGUAAAAAUCUGUCAUUUUCCUCCCAUUUUUUCCGAAUAUUAGUGACUUAAUGUUUUAAAUGGGUUCCUAAAGGGUUAAAAUUUGGAUUCUUAAUGAAACAUUUACUAGUUUUGAAUAGAGCAGAAGUUAAUUAAGAGAUAUAUGAAAAAAAAUCUGCAAAAAAUAUGAAUCCAAUAUGUUUUUACAGGAGUCAAUGUCAGUGGCUGUUUUUAGCCACUGAGCGUUAAGAAAGGAUGUAAAUCUAAGGGUUACACAAGGGUUAAGUGAAGAUUUUGUUGUUAUUUACUACAGUGUUUUUAAAACACUUAGAUAUAAAAAAGACGUGUCACAAAGACAUGGCAGCAACUUAUCAACUUUAUGUAAUUUUGCCCAGGGACUAUCUUUGCUUUAUCCUCCAUUUUACUUUAGAUAAGAACAGUAUUCAGAAAAAUUGCCUUCAGUUUGUAAAUUUGUAGUGAAGAACAGCAGGCUGUAAAUUCUUUUGAGGGUAGAUAAAGUGAGAUAUUUCCUCUUAGAUUUAUACACAGUUAGCCUUCUUAUUUCAAACUGAUGCACCAACGCAGUAAACCUGAAGCUUUCCAGACCUGGAGCUUAUGCCUACUUCUUAUUUAUAAUCAACUGGUACAUCCUAGGCCUGGAUUGGUACAUCCUAAGAAAGGCAGCGACACAGGUCAAAUUCAGAGUCAAACAGCAGAUUUAAUGAUCUUUAAUGAGGAGCAAAUGCCAAAACAACAAACAAAAUUUAUCUAGAUAAACCCUAAACUCACCAGGAAACAAAAUACUAAACAAAUGACAGAUGUCUGACCUGAACUCCUAACUAGUUUAAUGAUGUUCAUUAUGUCUUCAGUUUCUUAGAAAUAGUUUUUAGAGUUAGUUCUGAGACAAUAGAAAAAUUACCUCCUAACUAAAUAUAUGUUGCUGGUCUGUUGGUACUAGUGGCAGGAGCAGGGGGGAGCAGUUGGGAUUCAAACCAAUGAUGACUGUCUUCAUCCAAUCAGAGGCUGCGCUCCUCUUCAAAUUGAUCAGUCAGAGGCCAAACCUGCAUCAGCACCUAAAUCAGCAGACAAACACAGACAUCCCCACUCUGCAGGGGGGGAGACAGAGCUGCACAGCGCAGCAGGAACAAAUAACAGAAUGUAUGACCCAGGGUUAUAACUCAUCGCUUUGAACAAUGUAUUCUUAUUCAACAGAGUGAACACGGAGUGUGUGUGUCGCUCUGUGUUACAGCACACAACAGAGAAAGACGUGAUUUGAGGCUGAUUAAGCACACAACUCAAUCACCAAGUGUCCCAGUUUGCUAUAUACAGCAGUUUUAGAUUAAGAGUUGUGCCACGAAAUCUGGAACUAGAGGAAAAAUACAGCUUUGGAGCUCAAAGUGAUUAUAUGUAAACACCAAUUCAGCAACUUGUUAAGGUGAUGUAACACUCUCUUUAAACUUUGAUGAUUUAAACACAACUAUGAUUUCGGUGUAGAUACAACCACAUGCACUGACACUGCUCUGACUUUUGAUAAUACAUUCAUGUUUUGAAUCUGAGUGCAUUCACACUCAUUUCAAACUAAUGAAAUACAUAUAAGCUUUAGGAGUCCAUCCUAUUUUGUUGCACAGGAGUUUAAGGGUUGAAUCUGAAUCUCUCAUUCCACAUGAUUGUAGUGUAGACCAGUGGUUCUCACUCUGGGACCCACAUUUUCCCAUGGUCCUUAAGUCGUGACCCACUUUUAUAGAAUUCAAACCGAGCUAAUCUAUUUUUUAUAUAAAAAAAAAACCUUUAAAGACUUAUCUUAUCUUAAACAUAAAUCCACUUGUUUUAUCGAAUAAAGUGCAUUUAAGAGCACAUGAAGGGGACAACAUGAGGACGAUAACUACUGAAGUUGCAUAUACAGAAAAUAUUAAAUAACUAAUAAAUACUACAUUAAAUAUUUACUUUUUUGACCAGCUGUUUGUGACCCAUCCAGAAUGUGUCCGCAACCCACUUUUGGGUCGGGACCCACCAGUUGAGAACCACUGGUGUAGACUAAAGACUAAAUUUAAUGUAAAAUUGUUGAUAGAGACAGAAUCUGAUAUAAUCUGUUUUAUCUAAACUCUACUUUCUAUCUUAAGUCCUCUCUCUUUUGCAUACAGGCUUGUGUUCCCCUACCAUCACCUGGCUGGGUUUUAAAGCUGUGCUACUGGAGAUAAUUACUUCAUAAUAAAUUCCCCUUAUCUCCUCUAAUUUAAUCUUCCAGGCCCAGCGGAAGCAACUGUGGGUGGCCCUGAUUGAAAAAGCUCUGGCCAAGCUGCAUGGUUCCUACUUCGCUUUGCAGGCAGGCCGAGCCAUCGAGGGCCUGUCCACGCUGACGGGGGCUCCUUGUGAGUCGCUGGCCCUCCAGGUUAGCGCCACCAACCCCAAAGAAGAACCCAUCGACACAGACCUCAUCUGGGCAAAAAUGCUCAGCUCCAAAGAAGCAGGGUGAGUGUGGGGGGGUUAAUCUUCAGUUUGAAUCUGAUAGGGAACAGCAGGGAUGAACUCUUACUGUUUUUCUUUGUGCUGCUAGUUUCCUGAUGGGGGCGUCAUGUGGUGGCGGUAACAUGAAGGUGGAUGAUUCGGAGUACGAGUCACUGGGUUUACGACCAAGACAUGCUUACUCUGUCCUCGAUGUGAGAGACGUAGACGGUCACAGGUGAGGAAAUGUUCGAAAAGAUUACGCCAUUCGUCAUCAAAAGAAUCAACAUCCACUGACUGAGUUUUCUGCUGAGUUUAAGGGCUUUAAAUCAGCUGUAAAAAUAUGACUCUGUGGACUCUGUGGAGCACAGAUGCUACAGUCUAAAAGGUCACCAUGCUUGACUAUCUAGCAGUAAAAUCUAAUACUUUUCCCUGCUUCUUCUGCAUGUUUUAGGGUGUUUUAUUCCAGUAUUUUUAAACCUUCAUAUGUAGAAAUCCUAGUUAUUUGUCACAAGAAGGCUCAGAUGGUUAAUUUCAAUAUUUGACAACAUUAUAAAAAAGGUCCUUAAAGACAAAAGUCAGAGGUAGACUGGCAACUCCCUUUUCUUGCUGGUAAAAAAGCUUUCUUGGAGGAGUCUUGUUCUUUUAGCUCUGUUGAUUUCUGGUUAAAGAGUCGUUUUCUUAACUAUAAGGUCACUUUUUGAAGUUUUAAAAAUUAAAGAAAAAUCUAUGGAAGUAAAUCUGUGCCAUCUGAUUCUGAAUUUGAAUUUCUAAAGCUGAAUUUUUUUUGCAUCAAAAUCAGAUCGAAUUUCAAGCACGCAUUUUUAUUUCUUACACUUUUCUUUUUUCGCAAUGAUGAAAUAAAUUCAGUGUAAAAGAAAAUCAGUCUCAAAAUAUUUGUGUAGUAAAAACUGUGUAAAAAAAACAAUUCAACAUAAAAAAAUUUCAGUGUCAAAUAAUUCAGUGUCAAAAAAAUUUAGUGUAAAACAGACUGACUCCACAUCUGGGUGAUCAGAGAGAAGCAAUUGAUUCCUCAAUCUUCCACUGGGGUUGGUGCCACAUGACCAAUCUAGCAUUAUUUGAUUGGCUGGACGAUGGAUGAUUGAGCCAGAAAUCGAUUGCUUCUCCCUGGUUACCCAGAUAUUGAGUCGGUCUGUCUUACACUGAAUUUUUUGACACUGAAUUUUUUGACAUUGAAUUUGACUGUUUUUUUUUUUUUUUAAAUAAAAGUUUUACCAAACAAAUAUUUUGAGUGACUGAUUUUUUUUUACAUUGAUUUUAUUUCAUCAUUGCCAAAAAAAAAACAAGUGUAAGAAAUAAAAAUGCGUGCUUGAAAUUCAAUAGUUUUGAAAUUCAACAUCUGAUUUUGAUACAAAAAAAUGCAUCUUUAGAUAUUCAAAUUCAAAAUCAGAUGGCACAGAUUUACUUCCAUAAAAACCUAUUAUGGAUGGCAAAACAGGCACUUUUAUUGAUCAUUUUUUGAUUGUUCCACUUCCCAGCGGGGAUUUUCUUGUAGCCAUUUUGGCCCCAAAAAAGUUUUUGCCAAGUGUCCUUUUUAAUCAGCAGAAAAAUUUCUGGGCUUUUCUGCAAAAGACUCCCCCAUACUUACAGUUGCUGUAAUGCUUUCAAUUUGUAUUGUUGCUCCCACUUUAGCUCUGGAAAACCAAUCACUGCUGGAUCACAGAAAAUACAUCAUCAUCAUGUAGGGAAUGUUGCCACGCACGCCAGAUUCAAGACUUAGUUAUGUUGCAAAGUACAAAGAGGCUUACUUGUUGGUGUGGCUUAAUCAUUGUACUCUGUCAGGUUAUUGCAGCUGAGGAACCCUUGGGGUCGUUUCUCCUGGACUGGGCCCUGGGCUGACAACUGGCCAAACUGGCCUCCUCACCUGAAGAGGGAGCUCUGUGCCCAGCGGGCUGAAGAUGGACUGUUCUGGAUGGACUUCUGGGAUUUCAUCAGGUAAAUUAUCUCAUAAAAAAAUCAAGGCUGCAUUUGGAUCUGUUUAUUCUAUCUUUCUGACUCAGGCAAAUACUCUAUUAUUUACCUUGUGAGAAAACAAACGAAUAUCAGUUUUCUCAAACUCAUUUUAGCCUACAUUUGUAGAUUUACUGUACAAGGGUAUCCAAGCAACUGUGGAGUCACCUGUUUGCAAGGUUGUUUAUUUCUGCAUCUGCAUGUGUCUGUGGGUGUGCUUUGGAUCUUGGCAGGUACUUUGAUUCUGUGGAUAUUUGUAAGAUUCAUUCAGACUGGCAGGAGGUGCGAGUGCCCGGUGUUUUUCCCCGUGGAGCUGAUGUCCCAGUGACAGUUGUAUCCAUCACGGUACUGGAGAGAACAGCAGUGGAGCUGGCAUUAUUCCAGCAGGGCAGCAGGUAGGAACAUGCUCACAGUCUUACCUGUGCAGUUUUGUCAAAACUGUGAUUGGCCGGAGUGUGUUAGUGGGGAUUGUAGUAAUUAGUGUUAAAUUACCCUUGAAUAUCGCUGCCAGACAUGCUUUAAGAUGCUAAAAUUGUUGGAAUAAAAAAGGUCUCUCAAACCCAGAGAGAUCAUCGCCUUAGUUGGGAAACAUAUUCUUAAACUGUGCAGGGGGGGACUCCAUAUCCCAAUAGACUACUCAGCAUAUGUUAUCUGUGGUGUUCCCCAAGGCUCUUUGCUUGGCCCAGUCAUUUUGCUUCAUUUACCCAAUACACACAUUUACAUUUUUACGACGUUUGUCAUGCUCUUUCUGUCCUUUGCAAAAUAUCUUGAAUGUUAUUGAAUGAUGUUUGCAGACUGAUCCAUGUCAAAUAUUUGUUGUAGGCGGUGGGACACAGCAGAGAGCCACCUCUUAGAUCUGUGUGUCUUGGUUUUUCGGGUUUCGUACGACAGCUCCGGCGUCCUGUCCCUGGGUCGUCUGCUGGCUCACAGCCGGCGCUCGGUCAGGAGGUUCGUGGGCUGCGAUGUCAUGUUGGAGCCGGGCGAGUACGCCGUGCUCUGCUGCGCUUUCAACCACUGGCGUAACAAUGACAUGGAGGACUCGGGUAAGAGAAAUGCCAGGUUUUGAACUGUAAGUCAUAAAUUAGCAAAAACAUAACACUUUGAGUUUGUUAGCGAUGUAUGAUGCCAGAUUCAAACUUUGAAUGUACAAUCCUCAUUCUGAAAAGAGAGCGAGGGCACUGGGAUAAAAUGUUGAUAAAAAUGAAGCACAGCAGUAAUUCAGGCAGGACACGAAGUCAAGCUAAGGGCUACAGUUAGCUGAUCUUAAGCCAGCCUUCAGUCAGCUGACAGCUCAGCUGAUCACCCUCCACACAUCCUACUGGCAAAUGUCAAAAUGGUGCCCUAUAUAAACUGCUUCUCCUGCCUACUCUGCCUGCUGCAACCAGUCUGCAACCCACCUCCAUCUCAGCUCCUCCUGUUUAUGUUGUGUCCGAUCUUACCAGUGUCAUAUGUAUUAUCUCAGAUGCUUGCUCUGUUCUGUGGGGGGGAUUUCAAAUUUAUUUAUCUUAAUUGUAUUUAUCUUAAUUUUAUUUAUUUGCUGCUGCUUUCUCUACCUCGACUUUUCAUGUAUGCAUGUGAAAGGAAGGGGAGGGGCUUUCCCCUCUUGUAGCCGUGGUGUUCCAUGCAAGCACAUGGAAGGGCAGGGAACUCUCAGAACAGAGCCAUACCGCCAAUGUAAAAAUGUUUGCUUGCAAUAAAUUGUUAAUUUUGACUAAAGUGGUCCUGACUGAACUAGAUUUUGAUGGUUAUCAAAUCAUUUAAACUUUUAUUUUAUUAGGAAAAUGGCUACUUGUCUCAAACUAAAGAAUAAUGACAAAUGUAUUUAUCUUUUUCAUCACUGGAACCUUCUCUUUAGCUGAGCAGGUGUUGUCCCUUUAUUCACUGCUCUUGGAGUUUCUUGGAUGUCACUCCAAACUUGUGAACUUGUAUUAUUUUAUUAUUUUUUGGAAGUCACAUCUUAAAGCUGGCUCCCUGCUAUGCAAAGCAGGACCAGUAUGCAUGAUAUUUGUUUGCCUGUGUAGUGGGAUAAUGACGCUUUGAUGUAAUGACACAAGGACAGCCCUGUUAUUAUGUGUGCUUUUGCCCUCUUAGUUUCAAGGGGACGUUAAAAACUAGUCUCUGAAAGUACUCUGUUCAUUUAACCUACUCAUUGCACCUGAUUAAGGCUUCAAUUAAACAACUACAGCUUCUUCAAAGCUCUUAAAUCUCCAAGCAUUUGUUCAACACAAUGUGAUAUAUGAGGAUGAUGAUUUUGGAGCAAAGGCAAAAAGCAGCAUUUUGGCUCUAACUGAGUCAAGGUCUCAAAUGUUCCUUUCAGCAGGGUGAUAAACAGGCCCCACUUUUGAUUUAAAGUAUUACGAUGAAAUCUGCUAAAAAGCCACCGACUGUUUCUGUGUUUUCAGCGAGCUGCAGUAAACCAGAGGAGCCCGGCUACAUGCUGGCAGUCUACAGCUCCAGACUGGUGAUGGUGGAGCAGAUAACAGCCUCCAACACCACCAUUGCUGACGCCAUCAUCCAGCUGACAGAAACCAAAGGAGAAAGACACGAGGUAUUGCUGCUGUCACUCACUGCCUCAAAAAUCACAGUAAUUUUCCACAGUGAGGUUUGAAAGGCUGGACUUUUUUUUUGUUGUAAUUUUAUAGCUGUACAGGACCUGAAAACUUCUCCCAUUUCUGGUUUUCAGGGUCGAGAGGGAAUGACGUGUUACUACCUGACUCAUGGCUGGGCAGGGCUCAUCGUUAUGGUGGAAAACCGACACCCCAGACACCACCUCCAUGUUUCCUGUGACUGCAGUGACAGCUUCAAUGUGGUGUCGACACGCAGCAGCCUCAAAGCUAUCGACAGCAUCCCUCCUCUGCACAGGUUUCCUACAAAACCAACCCAAUACUCACAUCAACACCUCAUUAAUAGACUGGGAGGAAUUACUGAUGACUGACUAAUUAUUAUUUAUAAUCUAAGACAACUACAAAACAGAAAAACAACAUUCAUUAAAAAACUGAGACAAAAUGAGCCUGAAAAACUGAAGUGUGAGAAAAAUAAAGGCUAAAGUCAGAAUUUAAGCAAAUUAUGAGCUUAAACGUAUCAUUGUUUUGACACAUGCACAUAUAAGAGACUUCUGCAGACUCAGAAAACACAACAAAACUCGCUGUAAUCAUUUCAUUAAUGAGGGUGUGGACUCGUCCUUUUUAUGAUUAUUGCAAGAAGAUGAUUUAAAUGUGAAUGAGGGUUUAUCUCCGUCUCUCAGACAGGUGCUUGUGGUUUUGUCUCAGCUGGAGGGAAAUGCUGGAUUCUCCAUCACACACAGACUGGCGCAUCGUAAAGCUGUCCAGGCUUCUCUGGGGAACUGGAGUCCUUCAAAGGCAACACACAGUCCUGCUCUGAGCCCAGAAACGGCGGGUCUGCAUCAGCCUCGGCCUCUAUGA